AUGGGACCUUUGUUCUACCUCUGCAUGGUGCUCAUGCUGCCAUGCCUCCUUCCACUGCAAGAAGCACAUGCCGUGCGCCAUGGAGGGAUCUCUCUGAGGUCUCAACACAUGGCCCUCCUCCACUGGAAAGCAACACUUGCAAGCCCACCGCUGCAGAUGAGUUCUUGGCAGGAAAACACCAGCCCCUGCAACUGGACGGGCAUCAUGUGCACGGCUAUUCCACAUGGCCGCCGCAUGCCCUGGGUGGUGACCAACAUCUCCCUGCCAGAUGCUGGCAUCCAUGGCCAGCUUGGUGAGCUCAACUUCUCAGCUCUUCCAUUCCUCACAUAUAUUGACCUUCAUAACAAUAGUCUCCAUGGUGCACUACCCGCUAGUAUCAGCUCCCUGUCUGCACUUUCGAAACUUACCCUUCAGCAGAACCAGUUCUCAGGGAAAAUUCCUCAUGAGAUUGGUGACCUGCAAAGUCUCAUGUUGCUUGCUCUCUCAUUCAACAGACUCACGGGACAUAUCCCUGCGUCUCUGGGUAACCUAACAAUGUUAACUGAACUUGUCAUUCACCAAAACAUGAUAUCAGGUCCCAUUCCCGAGGACAUUGGAAGGCUUGUCAACCUACAACUUCUGCAGCUAAGCAACAACACCAUAAGCGGCAUGAUACCAAAAAUCGUUGGAAAUAUGACCCAACUGAAUGUUUUGGACCUGUAUGGUAAUCAACUUUCAGGGCCUAUACCCCAAGAACUAGGCACGCUAGUCCAUCUACGAAGUCUUGAUCUUAGUUCAAAUGAUUUUUCAGGUCCAAUUCCAAUCUCCAUAAGCAAUCUCACUAAGAUGAACCGACUUUUUCUCCAUGAAAAUCAAAUCAUAGGUCUAAUACCACCAGAACUAGGCAACCUCGCCAUGCUAAGCCAACUUGCUCUCUGCACAAAUCAAAUAACAGGUUCAAUACCCCCAGAACUAGGGAAUCUCACUAUGCUCAAUCUACUUGUUCUAUAUAGAAAUCAAAUUACAGGCCCAAUACCUUUAGAAUUGGGCCACUUGCUGAAUCUCCAGGAUUUAGAAUUGGAUGAGAACCAAAUAUCUGGCUCUAUUCCUGGCAGCUUAGGAAAUAUAACCAAGCUAGUACGACUUGCCCUCGCUACAAAUCAGAUAAGCGGUUCAAUACCAAAAACUUUUGGGAAGUUGCAAAGUAUCCAAUCAAUAAAACUCUUUGAUAACAAAUUAUCAGGUGCUCUUCCUAAAGAAUUAGGAGAUCUCACCAACCUUGUUGAACUUGCAGUGUCUAACAACUCACUUUCAGGACCUUUACCCACAAAUAUAUGUUCAGGUGGGAGACUUCAACAUCUCACUGUUCAUUAUAAUAUGUUUAGUGGACCCAUUCCAAGGAGUUUAAAGACAUGUACGAGUUUGGUUAAAAUUAUCCUUCAGAAAACCCAACUAACAGGAGAUAUAUCUCACGAUUUCGGUAUAGAAAAGCUUGGCAAUCUAGGAUACCUUGAUAUAUCUAUGAAUAAACUGAGUGGAUCAAUACCUGAGGAACUAGGGACCAUGAAACUACAGUCCUUGAAGAUCAACAACAACAACUUCAGUGGGAGUUUGCCAGAUGCGAUUGGAAAUUUAGCAGGCCUACAGACCAUGUUAGAUGUCAGCAACAAUAAUCUCAGUGGUGUGUUGCCGCAACAACUUGGGAAGUUGGAGAUGCUAGAAUUUCUGAAUUUAUCACAUAAUCAGUUUGGUGGCAGCAUUCCAUCCUCCUUCUCAAGCAUGUUGAGCCUUUCAACACUCGAUGUGUCGUACAAUGACUUGGAAGGACCAGUACCAACAACACGGCUACUCCAAAAUGCUUCAACAAGUUGGUUUCUUCACAAUAAAGCUGGUCACCAUAAACGAAAGAUACUUGGUUUGCUUUUGCCAAUUCUUCUUGUUGUGGGUUUGAGCAUUGUUGCUGCAGUUGUUGUCAUAAUAAUGCUUAAUCGUAACAAGAGAAAACCUCAAGAAAAUGUUACUUCUCAAGGAAGGGACCUAUUCUCUGUUUGGAAUUUUGAUGGAAGAUUAGCAUUUGACGACAUUGUAAGGGCAACAGAGGACUUCGAUGAUAAGUACAUCAUUGGAACAGGAGGAUACGGCAAAGUCUAUAAGGCACGACUCCAAGACGGGCAGCUAGUUGCUGUAAAGAAGCUUUAUCAGACUGAAGAAGAGUUGGAUGACCAGAGAAGGUUUCACAGUGAAAUGGAAAUCUUAUCACAGAUCCGACAACGAAGUAUUGUCAAAAUGUAUGGAUUCUGCUCCCAUCCAGCAUAUAAAUUUCUUGUCUAUGACUACAUUCAGCAGGGAAGCCUGCACAGGACAUUGGAAAAUGAGGAACUAGCAACGGAACUAGAUUGGCACAAGAGAAUUGCUCUUGCAAAUGAUGUGGCUCAAGCAAUAUCUUAUUUGCACCACGAAUGCAGUCCACCUAUAAUCCAUCGAGAUAUCACGAGCAACAACAUCUUACUUGAUACAACCUUCAAGGCUUUUGUCUCGGAUUUCGGCACAGCAAGGAUUCUUAAGCCCGAUUCAUCAAACUGGAGUGCACUUGCAGGAACGUAUGGCUACAUAGCUCCUGAAUUGUCGUACACAUCUGUUGUGACAGAGAAAUGCGAUGUCUAUAGCUUUGGAGUGGUUGUGCUAGAGCUAGUGAUGGGGAAGCAUCCAAGAGAUCUAUUAGAUGUUACUUUCUCAAACGGAGAACAAGUCAUACUGGUGAAAGAUAUCCUGGAUCAACGACUGACAACACCAACAACAGAAGAGAAUAGGUUAUCUCUGCUCGUCAAGCUGGCCUUUUCUUGCUUGGAAUCUUCUCCACAAGCAAGGCCAAGCAUGCGGGAGGCAUACCAAAUGCUCAUGGAGCGACCCUCCUCCAGUUCAUGUUCUGUGCCUUUCAGCGCACUUACGUUACAACAAGUAAGGAUGAGUUGA